AUUGGGCACCUGUUCCUGCAUGGCAAUCGUAUCCGUGUCCUGUCUGAAAAUGCCUUCCGCGGCCUGGUGAAUCUUGACCGCCUGUUGCUGCAUGAAAACCGCAUCCGACAAGUCCAUCGGCGAGCCUUCCGUGAUCUGGGCAGAUUGACCAUCCUCUAUCUUUUCAACAACUCUCUGCAGGAGCUUCCAGGCCAGGCAUUGAAGGAUACGUCGUCGGUGCAGUUUCUCAGACUCAAUGGUAACCCCUGGACCUGCGGAUGUGAAGCCAGGUCGCUAUGGGAGUGGUUCCGCAAAGCUCGUAUCUCCAGCUCAGACCUAACCUGCUCUUCACCAGCCCCUCGUAAAGGCCAGGACCUGAGGUUCCUGCGAGAGCUGGACUUUGCCCUAUGCCCGUUGCCUGAUCCAGGAUCCCUGGCUGGCACUACAACCACCACCUUCAGCACCAAGACCCGUUGGUGGUUCUCCAAGAACAAACCGGCCUCAUCAUCCAAGAGCCACUUUCACAAGAGCAGCGAAACCCUGAAGGCCUCUCCAUUCACCUCUGUCAAACAUCCCUCAUCUUCAUCAUCCAAGUACGAUCUCGCUGCGGAGGAGGCUGCUUUACCCAAGCUAGAGCCUGAAGAGUACUGGGCAAACUAUGGCAAUGAGGAUGCAGCCUCAGUCCGCUGUUUCGAGCUUGAAUGUCCACCAAGUUACGACUCUCCCAUUCUCCCAUCUUCCUCUUCGUCUUCACUUCUGUCCUUCCUCUCGCUCACAGCACUUACUCUCUCUUUUCACCUUCUCUUCGGCUGAGUUUUCCUUCUCCUCUUUUUCUUCUGUUAUGCUUCACUACCUUUCUCCUGCAAUCGGGCCUAUGCUAAGAAAUGCAUAGAAGCAGCCAUGCAGGAAAGGGUGACAAGACUGGCACACAACAACAAAUUAAAUACAACACACACUGUGCAAUUCAUACAGUACAACAGAGAUAGGGCUACUGCAUGCAUGCACUCCCAGCAGGCUUUGCAACACCACCUCAAGUCACGUCCUUCUCUAAAAUCAGAGAACACAGGACAAGUAGAGUGCAAAGAGAAAAAAGGGAGUGAUGUGGAAAAUGAAACUAGAGGUCAAUGUCAAAGAUGGCGGGGAAUGUCUCUGCAUGGAGUGGAAACUCUCAUGCUGACAAAGGAGACUACGUCGGUUAUCAAUGACCAUCACAUCAUAAUGUAAAUAGGAACAUACACAAACUAGACAAACUUUUCCAAAAAGACACUGUCAGUAGAUUAGAGAGUAGAACACUUUGUCUUUUUGGUGAUUGUUGGGUACUAAACCAGAUACACUAUCACAUACAGUUGCUCCAAAAUGUAUUUAGGCAAUUGUGCUACAAUGUCCACAUUUCAAGAAGAGCAUUUCACAAAAAAGUUUUAAAAUUAUAAAACAAUAGCGAUAUUGUAUUAGGACACAUUCUGAUUGUCAAAGUGAAAUGUGCAUAGUUGAAGUGAUUCACUAAAAACAGAUUGCUUUGAUAUUUUAUUUCCUAAUGCAAUACAAUUUUUAGGAGUGGUUUAAAUGUCCAAAUAUUUUUGGGGCCACUGUAAACGAUACGAUGAACAGAUAGCUAAUGGAAGAACUGACUAACAAAGACCGUCGCUAAUGUUUUUCAUUUGUUAAAACCGUGUUAAGUACUUUGGUUUGUGCUAGUUAAUCUGAGUUGUGCCAGGUACUUUUGAGUAUCAGGUGAAGUUAGGGCAGGAAGUCAAUGUUUAAUUCAACCUGAAGAACUGCUUAAGGUGAGAGAUCUGUGUUUUCUCUGUGUGCAAGAUAUCACAUAGUCUUUCUCUCUUAGCACGUUGACAGAAAGAAAUGUUAAACACAAAUGUUGUCUUUGUCUAAAAAAAACCUUAAUAAAA